AUGAUUAAAUGACCCCUCCUGGGCCAACACACCCAGUGCUCUCAGGGAGCUGUUCUGGCUUUUCCCCACCUUACCAAGCCCUCUUUCUGAUGAGCUGUGUGUGGGUGCAGGAGAACCUUGGAUAAUGCUGAGAGUUGUUUUCUAGGUUCAUCUCAGUGUGGCAGAGCAUUAAGUGAUGUUGCCACCCUGCCUUGGGGGUGCUCUUUCUCAGUGUUGCUUUGACCAGGGAUGGAUCUGGACUUUGCCCUGCUCUUCCCCAUCUGCGGCCCUGAGGGUGGGGCAGGCAGGCACGUGCAGAUUGCAUUGCUGCCAGCUGCCUGGGGCUGGACCAUCUGCUGCUGGUGACAGUGGGUAGGGUGAGGGAUGAGCAGCAACCUAAUCUUCACUGCGCGGACUACUCAGCAGAGUCCAGCCCCCUUUCUCCCCACAUUUUGUCUUCUGUUCCAGUGCUCUGUUAUGCUACUCUUCAUUGAGGUCUUGCAUUUGUUCCAGCUGCUGCUCCCCACCACUGUGCUAGGAGAACCCUUGCUGCGUUUUUGUUUACUCUGUGUGUGUGCCUUGCCCUUUAGCCCGAGCCCCCAAGAAUCUUUAUGUAAUGUAAGACAGCCUCAGCAAAAAGAAAAAAGCAAAAACAGCAAAAAACAAACUUUAGAAAUGAAACCUUGGACCCCUGUUGGUCUCUGUUCAGAUGUAAAUGAUGAGACUCUUCCCAUCAGAGUUUGUACCUUUGGGUUCGCCCCCCCCAUUUUCUGUCCCUCCUCCCAGGGAAUCGUUGAACAGCGGGGGUGGGCUGAGUCACUUACAAAAGCUCUAAUUUUGCUUGUGUUUUAGGUCUUGCUUCUUUCUGGCCUUGUGUGGACGUAGGAAAGAGGCAAGGGGAAAGAAAAUAAAAGAUGUGCCAUGGCAGGAUAGCACCAAAGAGCACCGCAGCGUUGGCCGUGGCCUCCGCGGGACAUGGAGUGUUCCUUCCACUGGUGAUCCUUAGCACCCUCCUUGGAGACAGCCUUGCCUCAGUGUGCUCCCUGCCCCCGGAGCCAGAGAAUGGCGGCUACAUCUGCCACCCCCGGCCUUGCAGAGACCCCCUGAACGCGGGCAGCGUCAUUGAGUACCUGUGUGCCGAAGGCUACAUGUUGAAGGGCGAUUACAAGUACCUGACCUGUAAGAAUGGAGAGUGGAAGCCAGCCAUGGAGAUCAGCUGUCGUCUCAACGAGGACAAAGAUGCCCACACGUCCCUCGGGGUCCCCACGCUGUCCAUAGUGGCUUCCACUGCCAGCUCCGUGGCACUCAUUCUCCUCCUUGUGGUGCUGUUUGUGCUGCUGCAGCCGAAGCUGAAGUCGUUCCAUCACAGCAGGCGCGACCAGGGGAUAUCUGGCGACCAGGUGUCCAUCAUGGUGGAUGGAGUCCAGGUUGCGCUCCCGUCCUAUGAGGAAGCUGUGUAUGGCAGUUCUGGUCACUGUGUGCCACCUGCUGACCCCAGGGUGCAGAUCGUGCUGUCAGAAGGGUCUGGGCCCAGUGGGAGGAACGGGCCAAGGGAGCAGCAGUUGCAGGACCAGGGGGCCUGUUCCUCUGCAGGUGGAGAGGAGGAGGCCCCAGGCCAGUCUGGACUAUGUGAAGCCUGGGGCCCUCAGAGCUCAGAAACAGUGAUGGUGCAUCAGGCAACCACUUCUUCCUGGGUGGCCGGCUCAGGGAACAGCCAAGUGGCAUACAAAGAAGCCCCAGAUUCGGAGAACAGUGACAUACAAAGCCUUUUAUCCCUCGCAUCGGAGGACUACACAGAUGAUAUCCCACUGUUGAAAGAAGCAUGAGCGCUGUCACGGGCCUCUCCUCUCUGCAACGGUCCUCUUGUCCUUCUGCCCUCUCCUGGGGUUUUGAGCGCCCUGUACUCCAGCCACCCUACCCGGAUACCUGAGCUGCCACCUGUGUAUCUGUGUAUCUCUGUAUGUCUGAGGGCCUCCAGGCCCGCCUUGCUGGAAGCUCGAGGAAGAGUCUCGCCAUCUGCCUGCUGGACAGCUGGAGGAACUGGCCUUUUGCCUAGCCUGGCCUGCCCAUCUGUGUCGGGGACAUAUCUGAAUGUGCUGGACUGAGCUCUUCCUUUCCCAGGGCCCGCUGGGUCCCCCCCAGCCCGCUCUCUGGCGGCAGACCCCACCAGCCUGCGCGGGCCUGAGAGCCGCUGUGUUUACUUGUGCCUUCCCCCCAGCCCCUCCAGUUCCCCUGUCAGGCGGGCUCGUGGCUGUCCUGCAAGCCUUAGAGGCUGCCCCACGGCCUCUGCCCCACGGGGGGCCGGGACUGGGGCUGGGGCUGGCCUCUUACCUCGGAGGGCUGGCACCGCUGCCCUUGGCAGGGGCAGAUCCAAGCGUGGCUCUGCUUAGGGCAAGAAUGUGGGUCCCUGGGCCUGCCCUUAGCUGACACCGGUGGCACGUUGCUUUGGCCGAGGAUGGAGGAUGUGGGGACAGCCAUGCCAAAGCUAUGCCAGCGCCCAGCUGUCCGGCUCCGAGGUGCUGGCUCCCGGCCCUGGUGAGUUCCCAAGAAGCAUGGAGAAGAUCCUGAGGGAGGGGAGGAAGGUGGCUGAAGACGGUUGUCUUCCUGAAACGCGAGUCCUCACUUCCACGUGCAGCACUGGCCUUCCCGGCCGUGGUUUUCUCUGUCCCGCUGGAGCGUGAGGGGAGGUGGCCUGCUGCCUCCUGGGUUGGAUCCUUGGCAACCUCCGCUGGCUUGCUGCCCACAGGGCCCGAGGUGAAUCACCGCUGGGACGGGGGAGUUGCUGAGGGGCCGCGGAAUGCGCGAGGGGCCGCUGGCAUUCGGGGCAGGUUGCCCCGUUCUGGGUUCGUGGUGACGCAAGGGAGCCUGGGAGGCACAGACCGAGUCCCCAGGCAGCUGCAGGCGGCUCCAGCCCCGGUCCUGAGGGGCCUCGUCACCCCAGUCACGUGCCUUAGUAAUUGCGCCCGGAAGCGAGCUGCUGCUCGCGCACCGCUGCUUUUCCUCCUCGUGUUUCCCCUGCCGCCCUUCCACAGGUCACAGCGGACACAGGACUCCCUGCUCCCCCUGGCACCUGGGCGAGGGGCUGAGAGCCUCGACACCCCGCCUCGCUGGUCUGCGGUGGGUGGAAGCUCGCCAAGCAGCCUGGCCCUGGAGCCCCGCCGUCGAAGGGGGUGGGCUCUGCGCUCCCCGCUGCUCUUCGGGGGGCUCUCACUCUGCCACCUGUGGGUGCUGACCAAGGCUGGGGUGGCAGGGCGCAGCCAGGCUACUGCCAUCCUCAGAAGAUGUGGCAUUGAGGGAGGUUUAUUUCUGUUUUGGUUUUGAAGCACUGGGGCUGGGAGACUUGUCGCUGACCCCGCCGGCACCUCUGCUCCCCCAGGCCGCUCUGUUUGGGGUGGUGAGAACAGUAGAGAACCCAGUUUAUUUUCAGUACCUGACCUGACAGGGUAGCUCCAGGCGUGGGCGGCCGCCAGGUUAGGGGAAUGGCCUCCUCUCGGCCUCCUGCGUUACUCUCUCACGCACUUUACCGCCCACUCCUUCCCAGCCUCCUGGCACCACUGUAGGCUUCCUUCGCUCAGGGUAAGGGCAGUGCCUGCUGGGCCUGCGGGCAACCCCCUUCCUCCCUCCAGGAGCCGGCUGGUUCCAUAUGGAGCAGGUUGGCGGAGAUGCUGGAACGCAAGCCUCCGAGGGACCUGCAGACGCCCGGGGGGCCUGGCCUUGGCCUCCGAAGAGGCCGUUGCCGGAGCCGUGCCUCCAGCAGUCGCUAGCACUGGGCCCAUCUGGAGGGUGGGGUCCCUACGGACCCGAGUUGCCUCUUCAUGCACGGAGGGGUGCCCUUGUCUUCCUCCAGAAAAGAAAGCAGGGACAAAUGGUGGAGGGAUCCAAAGUCUCACUCUUGGGCUUGCAGCCUAGAAUAUUUUUUAAAAUGGAAUAUCUUACCCUUUUUUUAUACCAUUACUCUGGGUUUUCCCCCCUAAGAGACUGCACUAUUUGUUUUGGGUUUGUUCAGCCACAUAGGUGACCGGCUUAGCCCUUGGAAAAAAAAAAAGAAAUGAAAAGCCUUUCUUCUGAAGCCUUCUUCCACCUCGCCCGCCAUUAACACCAUCCUGGGGAUCACAAGCCCAGACUUGCCUACCUGGUAGGAAAGAAAGUCUGGAUAAGUGGGAACCUAGUGCACACACACUCCCUUACCCCCUCUCUCCCCUCCCCUGCGUCAUUGGCUUUGCUGAGGCCCCCCUCCCACGUCUCUGCCCCGGGAGCCCCUGGGCCUCCCAUUCACCUCGCACUUCUCUGGAGCAGUUUCUUAGCCAUCAGCCAGGUGCUGCUCUUUCUAGGGCUUCUGGGCUUUGUCCCUUUUAAGGGAUUAGGGACUCCACAGCUGCCUUGCGGUGGAGCCCGGCGGGAGACAAGGGCCGUGGCACGGAGCAGGUCAUUAGGCGGGAGGCUGCCAAAGGAGUCUAGAGCAGGUGGGAGAAACGCCCAGGGCCUGGCUUUUCCAAGGCUCACCUCUAGCGGAGUCCAGCAGAGGGCUUGUCCAGGAGAAUGGCCCGAACCAAAGGACUAAAAGUGUCUUUUUGCACACAUGAGCUGACUCAGUGCAGGUUUUAUAUUCUGGUGACUUGCAGUCACAUGCCAGCGACUUUCAAGGGCCAGUAUGUGGUGAAAAUCGCUAAAGAUUUCUGUCCCUUUCAAUGCCUUAGUUUAGCAGAUAGGCUCUCUGUUUUGCUAUUUCUGAAUUUUGUGUGCUGUGUUCCUGUUUCACUUGUGUGAACUGUGAAAUGGGCUGAAUCCUAGCCACUUUGCAAGUUCUUUUGGCUUUACAAGGCAUUUCAAUGUGCAUUCUACUAACACUCCAUUUGCAAACAGAACUUAAGCUCAUGUUGUCUUCCCCAUUCAUCCCUUCCCCCUCCUCCUCUGCCCUUCCCCCCCAGCUUUCAAGUUCUUUGGAGAAGCCUGAUGGCAAGACAGACAAAGGUAGACUUUUCCUGCUUCUUUAGUGCUGGCACAGGGAUCCCCAGGCGCUCGGCCCCUCCCCUCCCGGUUCUGCCUGAGCUCUCGAACCACCUGCUUGCCACACAGCAGUGUCUCUUCCGUUUGCAGGGAACACCGUCACAUAGAAAGUGGGAUAUGCUGCAAACACUUCUACAUCCUUGCCUUUCUUUCCUCCUUAAAAGAGAAUAAAGGACCCAGAAGGGAAGUGGUACACAGGCUUUACAGUGUAAUUCCGGAUGUGCUUGCUGAGGACAGUGAUGCUGGGGGCUUCUCUCGGGGGUUGCUGCUUGGGGCCCUGGCUCUCAGUAGAGGGCCAGUCGCUCCCGGUGCCCGGGGAGGGGCUGAAAGAGAUUUUGCUUGGCAGAAGCAUGGACCGAGUGGUAGAGUAGCUGGUUCCCUGGACAGGGAAAGGCAGCAGGCUCAGCUUUGCUGGGAAGCAGCUCCUCUUAAUCUCCAGUUGAAAACCUAAUAGAAUUUUGAAUGAAAACCCCCAGGUUGAGCCCUCUGUCGGGCAGCAGAGCUAACUGGAGGGCAUGUAGGGGCCAAGCACUCAGAUUGCCAAGCAGGAGGGGAGAUGGACUCGGGUUGCAUGGCAGCCCACCACACCCUGCCCUGGCUUCUUAUCACACCACUAUGGAAUCCUUUGCAGAAUGGUACUCCUAUAUAAUGGUUGCAAACGACACAUGCAUCAUUGACUCUGUGCAGGAUGUCACUCAAUCAGUUUGGGUUUGCUUUAUUUUAUAUAUAUAUUUUUUGGUAUCCUGUACAUUGCAGUGGGUGUGAAGAUAGUAUUUUAAUAUUUGUACAAAGUUUAAUUUAAUUUUAAUUGUUCUAUGUAUAUAACUGCAUUUCUAAAUAAUAAUUAAAAAAAAGGUUCUUAUGAAGGCAGUUGUGAGAGAUGUGAUCCUUCCAGAAAGUUUUUGUAGAAACCCGAGAACGAAAGGAGUGCAUGUGGUGGGAGCUCCUGAUGGGAUGAAGCGCUAGCUCCCGGGCGGGGUGUCUAGCGGGAGCAGACGGGACAGGGAGUGUGCCAUUCAGGGAAGAGAGAGCCCAGGCCUUGGUGGAAAUAGAUUCAUAUCUCUGCAGAGGUCCUCAGUAUGUCAGCCAUGUGCUGCGCUGGGACUCCGAGGAAUCUCUCGGAGGCGGACAGUUCCAACAGCAUGCCUCGAUGAUCACGGAAGCUAUGCCAGGGGACAGUCAGCAAACAUCCUUUAGAUGGAUGGCAAGUAAGCUGAAAUGCCAAGGGUCCGCACAGCCAGGCUAAGGGGCAGGACACCACACAUGUGCCGAAAGCAGGUGCAGCGGGGAGAGAAAGAGGAGUGGGUCUCAGGGCUGAGGAGGGGGGAGAGCGGCAGAGGCCGGGUGGCCCUGGCCCUCCGGGCCCUCCGAGUGAGGAGUGGGGAGGUUUGACUUCGACUUCAUCUUCUGCGCGGCUCGAAGUGCUUUGAGCAACAAUGAUUUAGUGAGAUCCCCUUUUCUGGGGGGAAGCUCUCCCCAUCUUUUAAGAGGGAUGUUCAGGGCGACAAAACACUACCGGAGAGCACGUAAGAAGUUGUCGGUCUUGGGAGGAAGGCAGUGUGAGCAGCUAGCAACCCCCUCUCUGAGCUGGGGAAAUGGAAGGCACGGGCUGGGGAGGGAAAAUGACGGAGUUCUCGGGACCAGAGGGCAGAGCGCACACAGGUGGAGACGUCCUCCCCACGUAGGAGAGGCCGACCGUAUCUGAGCAGCUACAACAGGUGGUAAGGGUGCGAGAAGAGGGAAGAUGGGGAACUUUGGGAUAAAAAAUCAGGCCACUCUUGAAGUUGCUCUGGGGAUGAUUAAUGGCCAGGGUAUGUUUCUCUGAUACUUAGGGUCAGGUGGGAAAAUGUUUGCGGAGCAUCGUGCCAAGCCUCCACCUUUGUAGCCCCAGUCCUCAGGUCAGGUCUGCACAAACAUCACUGCCCUUCGUUGCAAGGAGGCGAGGGGACGAGCAUUUCACCAACUUCUCAAAGUCGCGGUGAGAGUGGCGGAAACGCACAAGCGCUCCCCCUGUAGCAGGCAGAGUUCUGCGCACUCGUGUGUGUGAACCCCGGAGCCACACGGCGGGCUCUACAAGGCCAGCGUCGCUAUCGCUGCGAGCUCCAAUGCCCAUAUACUGACACUGAAGCACAAAGAAGUGGAUUAACUUGCCCGAGGUGGGGCCGGGAGUGAAUUCAAACCCAGGCGGUUCUGUGGAAGUGAUCUCCUCCCUGUGCUGUUCUCAGCCCAGCAGCCCACACGGCCCGCCUCCCAAGGCCCUCACCGCCCUCACUCUGCCUUUCAAUCUCUGUUCCAACCAGUGAGCUUCAGGCAGAGGGAAAAGCAAGGUCAUGGCAGGGAAAUGACACACGGUUCACUGGGGGACACACGACAGACACGCAUCCCAAAGACUGAGAAGUGCCCAGCGUGGUGUGGGGGAGGAGGCAUUUCAGCUACACAGGCUGUGAUAGGAAAUAAGUUCACAAAGCAGCAGGAGUUGCUCCCCCACAAGAAAAAAAUACGUAAAAAGGAAAAACUACUUACUUCUGUGAUAGGUACAUCUUCUUUGUUACUGGAGAACGGGCAGAAGUGUGUCCCAUCAGGUAAGGAAUGCUGGGGAAGGCAGCCUUGUCCACGUGGGGUCACCCGUGGGGUUACCUUUCUCUUGAAGACAGAUGGGGGGUGCAAAGGAACAAUGCUUGGCGGGGAGGGCUGGCUUGAAGUGCUUUUGCCUCCGGUGGGAACAGGUGGAUGGGAGGAGAGAAAAGGAAUGUACAAGAAAGUUAUUCCAAAUUAUACUCUCAUUCCCACAGCCCCACCAGCAUGGGGAUUAUCAUUUAAAAAAAAAAAUACGCCAGUUGAAAGAAAAUGGUAUUUUUUUUUUUAAAGAUUUUACUUAUUUAUUUG